CAGAGCACGGAAGUUGUCAUAAGGAGCUAAAAAGAGCUGCAGAGAGUACUGCUGAUGUUAUAGCCUGAAAAUAACUCUCCCUGCUCGCUUACAUCCCACCGAAUUGCGUGUGCUUUUCGCAUCAUAAGCUAUAUAAACAGCAGAACACGUCUCGCGGCUUCAGGACAGAUUUUAAGCAGCGAUAUGGAGUGUUUUGGAGGCGGCGUGUUUCAAACUGAACAGGACCGAAAGGAAAACAUGCCCCGCACACACCCACACGAGCCCAAUGCAGAGAGCAUGGCGUCUCUGUGCCUGAGUCAGCAGCGCUGUGUGAAGGCCUCUAUCGCAUCCCAGUGGCAGCUGGUAGAAGCGCAGGACCAGCUCUGUGGUUUGGAGCUUCACAGCUCAGAGUCAGUCGAGCAGGAGCAUGCCCGAGCCCUGGCCUCCUCCGCUGAGCUCUCACAGAUCGAACAGGAGUGGAGACAUAAAGAGAGGAUGCUGGGAAGGAGUCCCACUCUGUGUCCGGAGGUCAGCCGAGAUGUAUUUGACAAGAGUAUCAUAAACAUUUCACAGUCUUGGCCUAAUGAAUCUGAUUACGAUAAGAACUUAGGCUUCAACCAGCGUAAUGAAGAACUCUUGAAACAUUUUGGGAUGUUGAGGAGGUGGGAUGAUAGUCAGCGCUUUCUAGCAGAGUACCACCAUCUCAUCUGUGAAGAAACGGCUAAUUACCUGAUCCUGUGGUGCUUCCGUCUACAGGCAGAGCAAAAAGAGGCCUUAAUGGAGCAGGUGGCUCAUCAGGCAGUCGUCAUGCAGUUUAUUCUGGAAAUGGCCCGCAACACUCAGCAAGACCCACGAGGCUGCUUCCGUCAGUUCUUUCAGAAAGCCAAAGCAGGGCAGGAGGGAUACUUGGACGUCUUCCACACAGAGCUCGAAGCCUUCAAGCACAGAGUUAAAGAGUAUACCAUGAAAUCAAAAGGAGAAACCCAAAAGGAUCCAGUACACCAAAAUACACCACCAGGCUAUCGUCUCGACCCCAAGGAGGUUUUGGAGUCUUUGCCACCGGACCUUUGAUCAUCUUCGGAACACAAAUUAAGGUAUUUCUUGAUGAAAUCCGACAGCUCUGUGACCCCUCAAUAGACAGCAAGUUAACAACCACUAUCAAGGUCCAGAAAGGACAUUGCAUGUGUCGUGCUGCUCAUGUGAACAGCGUCUGCCAAUUAUGAGUCGCCGUUCUGACAUAGAAACUGGAAGCGCUGAACAUAAACAGCGUAAGAGAAUGACACGGAAGAGAAGAUACUGUUGAAUAAAUGACAUGAGGGUGAGUAAUUAAUGACAGAAUUUUCAUUUUUGGGUGAACUAACCCUUUAAGUUUUUUAGCUUUUAGUAUGAAUAUGUUAGCCUUAAGGUUAUCUAUAAGCUGGUGUGCUCCAAAACAAUGACAAAAUUCGAAUUUAGAAGAUAUAAGCGUUCAAAACUUACAGUCUCUCACUUCCGCCAAUAUGGAUCAGUGAUUUUGAUGACAUUACUCUGCACUUCAGCUUCUCAUCAGAUUUUCUGUCCAAUCAAAUACUCUCUAGAUUCUGAAGCGUCCCGCCCGCUAAAUUAUAAAUAGACGCUGAAGCUGCGACUGAAAUCGGUCACUUGUUCACACAGUUACUAUUUUCUACAUUGUGAAUGGUGCAUAGUGCACUGUAUAGGGGAUAGGGAACAAUUCAGACAGUGUUAAUAUGCUUUCCGUUGGGGCGAAUGAAGUCUGGUUUUGACGUUAGUGUGACACGAACCACUGCAGUGCGUACACAGUCUGUUUCGGUACAGAGACACGAUAGCACAGAGCGGAUUAUAUUUGCGAGUUGGUGCAGACCACAAAACAAAUCGGAUCUAUUUGAAUUCUACACUGAAUGCUGUAUUUUAAAGAGAUACGGGGGAGAUUAGGAGGAGAAAUGGUUCGACAGACUCUGCAUUAGUAACAGCACUGACGUAGACGAGAACCCCGGUGCCAUGCACCAACAUAAAUGACACUUUUCAAACCACACAUUCUCAGCAUGAUUUUGUUUACGGUUUUGCUUUAGUAACAGUUUCAUAUUAAAUCUGAAAGGGGAAUCUAUUAGACUGGCUGUCAAAUGCAGCUCUGGCCGUCUGAGCUGUGAUAUAAACGAAACGCCAUUGGCUGUUUUUAAAGAGGGUAGAAGCUACUCUAUAUCCACCCUGUCUUCCUGUUGCAGUGGAAAUUACGUCAACACAUUAAAUAAUGCUGCGCAUUUCAAGCCACUUUAGUGGGCGUUUAAAGCAUGUAUAUUGUAAUGAACAUGUUUUCAAUGUUGAUCAAAAAUACAGUAAAGACAAAUUAAAAUUGCUGUUUUCUAUUAUAUUUUGAAAUGUAAUUUAUUCCUGUGAUCAAAGCAGAAUUUUCAGCAUCAUCCCUCCAGUCUUCAGUGUCACACAAUCCUUCAGAAAUCAUUCUAAUAUGCUGAUUUGAUGCUCAAGAAACAUUUAUUAUAAUUAUCAAUGUUGAAAUAGUUGUGCCGCUUCAUAUUUUUGUGGAAAUCAUGAUACCUUAUGUGUUUUUUGUAACAAUGUAAAAGUCUUUACUGUCACUUUUGAUCAAUUUAAUGCGUCCUUGCUGAAUAAAAUUAUUAUCCAACUUUUAAAUGGUAGUGUCACUAAUAGCAAACUAUA